CUCGGGGCUGGACACCUCCAGCUUGUCCUUCACAUCCUUCGGGCUCUGCUGACCACCAGGCAGCCUUGGCCGUGGCCCGAGAAAGGACUCACCAGGCCGCCCUCGGUGGGGCCCACACCCUCUGCACAUGAGGUCAGGAGUCGGCGACUGGACUGGGGCCAGGUCACGCCCCCCUUGUUAUCCCUCAAUCCAGGGGCUCCCUGCUGCCUCGGGUCUGGGAGCUGAGGUGGUGCUGGAGGCCCAGGGGCAGGCCGGGGGCUUCUGCCAGGGACUCGGGCCCUGACCCAGCCCCCACCAGGCCGCACCUCUGCAAAGUCCCUCCUAGAGCCCUGGACUGAGUCCAGCUGGUCCCCAUGGCACAGAUGGGGAAACUGAGGCCCGGGAAAGUGGAGUGUCUGGCCCUCGGCCACACAGGAAGAGACAAGAACAGAGGCCCAGAGAGGUUAAAUUACUGCCCCAAAUCACACAGCCAAUUGGGACAGAGCUGGGGUUCAGACCCCGGCCUCCUGGCACCCCCACUGCAGCGCCCUCCCUGCUCCCCCACACUUCGCCCCCUCCAGAACCUCCUUCUGCUGUGGACCCUCCUGAACUGUGGUUUAGGGGGCAGUGCUCAGGGUCCAGGUGAGUGGACCCCGUGGGGUUCCUGGAGUCGCUGUUCCAGCUCUUGUGGGCGGGGUCUCUCGGUGCGCAGCAGGCGCUGCUUCUGGUUUCCUGGGGGAGAGCCGUGCUGGGGAGACUCCCACGAGUACCACCUCUGCCAUUUGCCGGACUGUCCCGUAGGGGCCAUUCCCUUCCGAGAUCUCCAGUGUGCCCUCUACAAUGGCCACCCCGUCCUGGGCACCCAGAAGACUUACCAGUGGGUGCCUUUCUAUGGUGCGCCCAACCAGUGCGACCUCAACUGUCUGGCCGAGGGCCACUCCUUCUACCACAGCUUCGGCCGCGUCCUGGACGGCACCCCCUGCAGCCCGGGGACCCAGGGGCUCUGCGUGGCUGGCCGCUGCCUCAGCGCCGGCUGUGACGGUUUGCUGGGCUCGGACGCCCGCGAAGACCACUGCGGCCGCUGCGGCGGCACCAACGAGUCAUGCUUUUUGGUGCAGCGCGUGUUCCGAGACUCCGGUGCCUUCGCUGGGUACUGGAACGUGACCCUGAUCCCCGAGGGUGCCAGACACAUCCGUGUAGCCCACCGGAGCCGCAACCACCUGGCGCUGAUAGGGGGCGACGGGCGCUACGUGCUCAACGGGAACUGGGCGGUCAGCCCACCCGGGACCUACGAGGCGGCGGGCACCCGUGUGGUCUACACCCGCGCUGCAGGGCCAGAGGAGAUGCUGAGCGCGGCUGGGCCCACGUCCCAAGACCUGCUCCUGCAGGUCCUCCUGCAGGAGCCCAACCCCGGCAUCGAGUUCGAGUUCCGGCUCCCGCGGGAGCGCUACGGGCCCUUCCAGGCGCAGGCGCAGGCCCUGGGCUGGUCCCUGCGGCAGCAGCAGCCUCGGGAGGUAGAACCGGAGGCCCCCGACCUCCGCGCAGCCCCAGCUCCCAGCGCCCCUCGCGCCCCGACCCCGGCCCCAGAGCCCUGCGGACGCUGCCCCGACACCCGAGGCCGCGCUCCCCGGCUGCUGUACUACUGCCGGAGCGACUUCGUGUUCAGGGCCCGAGUGCUGAGCCGCCUGCACCAGGCCGAGGAGACGCGCUAUGAGGUUCAAGUGCAGCUCAUCUACAAGAACCGCUCGCCGCUGCGGGCCCUCGAGUACGUGUGGGCACCGGGUCGCUGCCCCUGCCCCCGACUGGACCUCCACCGCGAGUACCUGCUGGCUGCCCAGCGCCUCAUCAGCCCGGAUGGCACUCAAGACCGACUACUGCUGCCCCACAUGGGCUAUGCCCGGGCCUGGAGCCCCGCUGAGGAGAGCCGUGUGCGCCUGGCCGCCCGCCACUGCCCUGUCUGAGCCCUUCGACAAGGCCCUUGCCACAUGCAGCAAGAAAGAUAUGCCGGACGAGGCUCAAAUUCAGCAUAUUUCCCCUCUUGCCCUGGCUUCCAGCGAGCUUAGAAAUAUCUCCCGUCCACAGCUAUGUGACUUCCCAUCACACGUGCUUAGACGGCCCUGCACAUGGUCAGAUCCACUGCCGUGACCAGGAGCCAGUGGUGAGGACGCACUGAAUAGACCCGAACUCAUUUCCUCUCUCACUCUGGCUGCCAGGAAACUCGUAGAUAUUUUACACUUUGAAACUUUGUGUCUGCUUUUAUUCCCUUUGCCUCACGCUCACUUUCUUAGAGACACUGUCACAAACAAGCAAGGCCCAAAGGAAGACAUUGUAAUGUAUCCGUUUCCCCUCUUGCCCUUGCUACCAGGAAGCUCAUUGCUGUUUAACGACCUGAUACCAUGUGCUCUCUCUUCUCACGGACACACAUAGGCUGCAUGUAUUCAAAGACGCUCUAACAAACAGGCACGCUCCCAGAAGACACGCCUAACCAGAUACUGUAAUGUACACACUUCCCCUCUUUGCCUGGCUACCAGUAAGUCCAGAGAUAAUCUGGAGAGCCUCAGCAAUUCUGGAUGGUUUCUUUCUUUCGUUCCUUCCCUCUUUCUCUCUUUCUUAAGGUUUUUAUUUAUUUAUUUAUUUUUAAAGUAUUUAUUUAUUUAUUUGACAGAGAGAGACACAGCAAGAGAGGGAACACAA